UUUAUAUCUUUUAAAAAUUACGUCACAUUUAAGUUCAUGACGUAAAAAUCAUGGUGCUUUAUUAAGAUGGAAUCUAAACAUGUUCGCGACAAAAAGGGUCGAUUUACGUCUACAGGAAAAUUUCAAUGGUAUGAAAAAUUUAUUGAAAAAGUUAGAAUUCCUAGUUCGGAGAAUGAAGAGGAGAUCUGUGAAGACUGGGGAGACGGGCAAAGAAUAGUGGAAUUGAGAUAUCUAUCAGAGCAGUUAAAAUCAUGCCCAAACUGUUCAACGCCACUUCAUCUUCAUUUCUGCAAAAAAGAACGAAUCUACGGUUUGGGAAGUAUUUUAUAUAUUGAAUGUGAGAUGUGUCAAAAAGUAGUAAAGAUAUAUACUGGAAAGGAACAUCGAUCAAGUGGCACUGUCAAGGGAAUGAAAAUAUGGGACGUAAAUACGAAGUGUGGCCUAGCUAUGGAUCAUGCUGGACUAGGACCUUAUCAAGUUUCAAAUUUUCUAACCGCUCUAAAUUCACCUUCAAUUCACCCAAGCACGUUGCGGGCAAGAGAAAACGAAAUUGGCGCAACAUUGAGAAAUUAUUCAAAUGAAUCGUGCGAUGAAGCUUUAUUGGAAGAAGCAAACUUGACAUCUAAGUCCAGAGAAGAUCCUGAUGAUGAAGAUGAUACAAGUCCGAUUAAUAUUUCUUUCGAUGCUGCGUGGCAGAAACGCGGAAGCGGACGGUCGUACAAUAGUCAUUCAGCAACUGCUACGAUGAUCGGUGUGGAAACUGGUAAAAUUGUCGCAUUUGACCACAAAACCACGGACUGCAGGAAAUGUUUAUUUACCCAAACUCAUGAUCAUGAGUGUAAUAAAAAUUUCAAUGGCAGCUCAAAAGCAAUGGAAUCUGCAUUAGCUAUUGAUAUGGCUAAAUCUUUAAAAGACAGAGGGUUUAACAUUUCGAAAAUUACUAUGGAUGACGAUUCAACUACAAUUUCAAGGAUGAAAAAAACUGUAGAUCCUAAUAUAAGGAAACUAAGUGACAAAAAUCAUGUACGCAAAAAUAUUUCAAAUGCGCUUUAUAAACUUCAAGAAAAACACAAGUCGUUGUCCACAAAAACGAUCAAUUAUUUACUUAAAGAUGUUUCAUACGCAAUUUCCCAAAAUAAAGGAAAUCCAGAAGGCUUGCAAAGUAGCAUCAGAGCAAUUGUUCCACAUUCCUUUGGGGAUCACUCCCAUUGCGACUCUCAUUGGUGUGGAUACUUAAAAGACCCGUCAAAUUAUAAACACAGUUCUUUGCCCUAUGGAAAAGAUCUCUUAGGAGACAACUUGAAGAGAGACUCAGUCUCUCAGAAAUACAUCAGUCAGGUUCAUAAUCGUCACGGCUUAUCGCCCGGGAAGUUCACAAUACGACACAAUGAGAAAAUGGAUAAGAAAAGAAAGGCAGAAAAAAAUCGGGAACAGACAAAGAAAGCGAAGAGACGCCGAUUGAUGCGAAAAUCAGUACAAAUAAAAUCUACAAAAAGCAAAGAAAUUCGGGAGGGUGUCCAAUAUUCACCAUCGGUAGACUUAAUAGUUACGGAUAUUGAUUCAAUACAGACAAUCCCUGAUAAGAUGGAGCCACCUACACAGACUUGCAUUGACUUUGAAUCCGCUAAGAACGCGGAUGUGGUAGUAUUUGAUCUGGAAACUACAGGAUUCGCACAGGAGCACGAGGAGAAUGGCGAGAAUAGAUUGGCUUGCCUGUCUGAUAUGCGCGAUAUACAUAGAAACAGGCAAUACCAUUCUAAUGGCGAGAAGCAAAAAUAA